CAAUAUGGGAACCACUGUUUGAAUAUUCACAAACAUGUACAUUUGUAAUGGCGAAAUGAUGGGUCCAGGUAGCCAGAAUGAAGACUGGACGUGGGUCUGCAGCAGCGCCGCCUGUCAUGAGCGCCUUGCUGUUUGCUGUAGCCGAGGUUAUGACCGUAUUUUGCAACGUCCUAAUAGUAUUGGACAUUGUUUAUUCAACAUUAUUCAUGUUACGAAAGUGGUUAUAGAUGAUUGUCUAUGAUCAUAUUGUCUACCCAUUGUGAUCUCCUUGCUCGCGAAUUAUUAGAAAUUGUGAACGACACCGAUGAGUAGGACAAUGGCAAUCUCUCAUUGCCUCAUGGUUUAUCUAGAUUUUACCCGGUCAACGAGGUGAACAGUGCAAUAUUUAUGGAUGGUGUAAAUGAGUGCACUCACCAGAGCUCAUCAGUAGCCUAUCUUUCUUUGAGAUAAACACAGUGUAUCGGUUUAGUUUGAAUUUCAAUUAUUUUGAAUUCUGGUGUUAAAUGCGGUCGUGUGCUUUUUACUGAAAGUUUUGAAAGCCACCAGACAGGAUUUGAACCCAUCAAACCUGCAGCUUUGGUAUCUGUCAAGACAAAAAAAAACAAAAUGCCAUCAGUGUCUAUGUAGAUGUUAGUGUCAAUCCAACAUGCACAUCAAAAUCUGAUUAUUAUCUGAUUUCUGUACAUUUAAUAUUUAAAUGACAUGCUAACCACAAAAUCUGAUGUGGGUUAUCAGAGGGGCUGUGACCAGAAAGAAUUUACAUGAUUUUGCUGUUUGUAUGUAAAUCUUAAUACUUUUAUAACUCAAGAAGAUUUUCAGAUUAGGAGUGUGCAUAUAAUCACAGCCACAGAAGCAUAAUGAAAUAUUUAUUUUGCAUUGACUGCACUGUGACAAACAUUAAAAGAACGAUUUGGCAAAGACUGCACAAACCAUUAUUAACAGUAACCUUAGCAUAUUACUAUACAUUUUUAUUAAAAAAAUAGUAAUUCUGCUCACCUGCUAAAACACAGAUGACUGACAUACCCAAAAUGAAUCUGCAUUUGAUCAGGUCCCUCUCCCUCUAAGUGCACGGAGAGACUGGGAUACAGAAAGGCACUGCCAGAUUCACUCUUUUUAUAGAGCCACAGGGGAGGUAAACAUGGCCAGUAUGCCUGCCUGGCACAGGGCACCCACACAGCAUUAUUUGCUAUAAUAAGAAGGGUCAAAUGUUACUGUAUGGUACCUAACCAGUGAAUAAAGGAAAAGCUGACUAACAUAUUAAUAGCACUAUUUUUUAUGUUUAAAACAACAGUACAAUCAAAAUGAAACAUUUUUAAAAUAAAUUUUUACAUUAUUGUUAAUACAUGAAGGUUUUCCAUUGCCUUAAAUGUAUUAAGUCCUAUUACUACCACCCCCUCUCAUCUUACCACUUGUGACCACAUGUCUUUCAUUCACUGUGGAAACUGUACCCCUCUUGGCCAGUCAUUAACUGAGAGGGUACCACCAAGGGAAAUGCCCCACAUAAGCCCUCAGUGUAAUAUCAACCCUGAACUCAACCCUUGUAUAGGUCUUCCAAAUUCUAAGCCUGUUUUUCAAGUGGUGUAAAAUCUGUACCUGACACACACAGGUCUGUUUGUGGUGAUAGUUUAAUGUAAAGUUUGCAGUAGUUGAUAAUUAGUUGAAGAGGCAAAGACAGGAUUGUUGUCAUAAUAUAUGCCUCUUCCCUCUUAGCCAUGAACGAGAUGUCACAUGUUGUCAGGAGUUCUUUAGCGAGGAGUCAGUUUUCAAAACCAACAGGGUGGAGUUAAAAACAUGCCCUCCCAAUGUCCCUAAUGGGUGAAAUGCAAAUGAUGAGCUGUAGACAGUUGGACAUGAAGGCUUGGGGCAUUCCUGUAGACUGUGCACACAUGUGGCAUAUGUCUGCACUCCAGGGGUGGGCUGGAGUUAAAUAAAGCAGUGUGGUGGAAUGAGUGAGGGAGGGAGAGAGAGUGAGAGAGAGAUUGACGGAUAGUAGGAGGGAGGGCCGGCAGAUUUAUGUCCACAGCUGAGUGCACACCCUCUCCUAAAACGUGGCUCUGUAGCAGACAUCUGAGAGGUGGACAGUGACGAUUGAACCAAGGGAAAAGUGAGGACAAGAAGGGCCUAAGAGGGGCAGGGGAGGACUGAGGAUAUGGAUGCUCUAGCACUCGAAGCUAGCGGGAAAAAGUUACCUAAUGGGGCGUCUGUGGCGCCCCUAACACCAGUCACACCCGUCAAACGCAAACCUGCCAAAAAAACUAAAAAGGCUGUUGUUUUCUUUGAGGUGGAGAUUCUUGAUGCCAAGACUAAGGAUAAGCUCUGCUUCCUGGAUAAGGUGGAGCCAAAUGCCACUAUAGGGGAGAUCAAGUCUAUGUUCCACAAGAGUCAUCCUCAGUUUUAUCCUGCCAGACAGUCAAUUCGCCUUGACCCCAAGGGGAAGUCUCUGAAGGAUGAGGACGUCCUACAGCAUCUGCCUGUGGGAACAACAGCCACGUUCUACUUUAGAGACCUGGGGGCUCAGAUCAGCUGGGUCACAGUCUUCCUGACAGAAUACACUGGUCCACUGGUCAUUUAUCUCAUGUUCUACUUCAGAGUCCCAUUUAUUUAUGCACCCAAAUAUGACUUCACCACCAGUAAACACUGGGUUGUACACCUGGCUUGUAUGUGUCACUCUUUCCACUAUGUCAAAAGACUGCUUGAAACCCUAUUUGUCCACCGCUUUUCUCAUGGAACCAUGCCGUUGCGCAACAUUUUUAAAAACUGUACAUAUUAUUGGGGCUUUGCAGCAUGGAUGGCCUACUACAUCAAUCACCCAUUGUACACACCACCCAUCUAUGGGGAGCAGCAAAUAAGACUGGCCCUCAUUGUCUUCCUGUUCUGUCAGAUUGGCAACUUCUCCAUCCAUAUUGCUCUGAGGAACCUUCGUCCACCAGGCUCAAAGACCAGAAAGAUUCCCUACCCCACUAAAAAUCCAUUCACCUGGAUAUUUCUCUUGGUUUCAUGCCCUAACUACACUUAUGAGCUGGGCUCUUGGUUAGGCUUCACACUGAUGACACAGUGCUUGCCGGUGGCGUUCUUCACUUUGGUGGGCUUCAUCCAGAUGACUGUGUGGGCCAAAGGGAAGCACAGGAGCUACCUGAAGGAGUUUCGAGACUACCCCCCUCUCCGCUCGCCCAUCCUGCCCUUUGUUCUGUAGAAGACUUCAGAGCUUCUUGUUUUGUCUUCAAGCUUGUAAUAUUCAGCCCAAUCUUGGUUUCACUUUUUUUUUUUCAUUUGCACUCGAAAAAUUCAGACUGGUCUCUAGCCCAUUUUGCUUGCUAAUCAUUUAAUGUGCAAAUAUUUUCUGUUCAAUGCAAAAAAAAACUAAGAAAUUAAUCCCUUUUUUUUUCGUUUUAUGCAUAAAAUAGUGCAGGCAACAAAAUACAAAUACUGUCUUUGCUUUUGCUGUUUCUUAACUGCUCAAAAUGUUCAGUCUGUUUACAACAAUCUACCUUUUAAUUUUGUCAAUUUUUGAUGUAAUUUAUUAUUAAUAAAAGUAAAACAAAAUCA